AAUAGCCCACGCAUCUAAUGAAGUCAUCUUAUCGGCGGGGCUAUGAAUUCUCCCCUCCUGUUAAUGCUAUCCGGAGUCGGGCCUCGCGAAGUUCUUGAGCAAGCCGAAAUCCCGGUCAAAGUAAACAUACCCGCCGUCGGACAAAAUCUCAACGAUCACAUUUGGUUCAUGAUCCAAUCUUUUAAAUUCAACGCUUCCGCGUCUCCAUAUAUCCCGCGGAUCUUGGAAGAAGAUCUAGAAGCUGCGUUCACAACGUAUCUCGAAACUGGGGAAGGCGUCCUAGGUCAAGUCGAGGCCGGUCCGCAGGCCUUUCACGCAUCGUCACGCGCCAUCGUGGAGGGCGAGCCGGCUUGGUCGGAUGUCCGGAUCACGCUGACGACCAUGUGCCCUCUCAGCUUUUCUGAUGACGUAGACAGCUGGACGGCCUGUUAUCAUAUGGAAUUGGACAGGAUGAAGUCGAGGGGAAGUGUGUCUCUUAAUACGACGGCUUAUCUGGACGGUGUUAGAGAUGUUACAAAGCUGGUGUUGAUCGAUUUUAAGGCGUUUGACGUUGCGAGUGAUUUGGACGUUGCGUUAGAUGGAAUUGACCUCGUAUUUCGUAUAAUGGAAGAAACCUCUGCCUUCCAGUCGCUUGGAACGACAUUUGCGGGAACGGCGAUUAAUGGAUGCACUCACCUCCCCUUCCGAUCCAGGGAGUAUUGGGCGUGCCACGUGCAACAGGUCGCGACCACUGCGAUCCAUUCCGUCGGAACAUGUUCCAUGGGUGCAGUGACAGAUUCAAAGUUAAGAGUAAUGGGCGUCCCCGGCCUUCGCGUCGUGGAUGCGUCGGUCCUGCCAUACACGCCAAACGCUAACAUCAACGGUCCAGUUAUUCUCGUAGCGGAGAAAGCAGCGGACGAAAUUUCACAACAAUGGGGUGGUUUAAGUCAACCUUAAAAUUUUGUAAUUGUCUAAUAAAUCAUUGUCAAUUGAGGUCAAAUAAAUUGAGUCACCUUGUUUUUGAAUCAUCCCAAA